GAGUGAAAUCAAACUCAAAGAAUCUGCUAACAAAUUACAUUCCCAAAGAUCGCUGUAUUUAAUCUUGUGAAAAAAAGAGAAGUUUUCUUGCAUUUAAUCCGAAACCCCAAAUAGUUUCCAACAAUUUUCCCUUAUCUCUAGGGUUUAUUCGUCGUUUUUUCUAAGCUUUUUCAAUGGCUUCUUCGUCAUCAAAAGGAUAUUGCUUUCAAUGUCAGGAUUCAACCUCCAUCUUCUUCAGAGACGGAUGGAGACUCCGCAAUGGCGAAUGCGCUCAGCUCUGUAAUCGUUGCGCCUAUGUUUAUGAGGAGGGAAGGUUCUGUGAAACAUUUCAUUCAAAUGAUGAUGGUUGGAGAGACUGUGAAUCUUGUGGGAAGUUGGUUCAUUGUGGAUGUGUUGUGUCAUUCAAUCAAUAUUUUCUGCUGGAUUUUGGCGGGGUGAUAUGCAGGGAAUGUUCCAAAAAAAAUCUCAUUCUGGCACGAAAUCGUCGCUAUGCUCAUGAAUUUCAAACAGAUCCCACAGACGUGCCGGAUCUUGCCAAGAGAGUACAGAUUGAACCGCAUUACUGGCAUGAUGGUAUUGAUUUGGAGAUACAAUGCAUCCCUAGGACCGCCAAAUCCAUUCUUAAUCUUUUGUUUGAAAAAAUGUUGACGGCUAGCGACUCUGACCUCAAGUUCGGCCGUAUUGUGAUUCCGAAGAAAUACGCUGAGACUUUUUUCCCAGAAGUUUUUGAACCGAAAGGGAUAAUGUUGAAUGUACUGGAUUUGGAAGGCAAAGAAUGGGAGUUUUCGUUUCGUUAUUGGCCUAAUUGUGGUAGCAGAACGUAUGUUUUAGAAGGGCUUAGAGAGAUUAUGGUUUCAAGAAAAUUGCAAGCAGGUGAUACAGUAUCAUUUUAUCGCAUGGAACCAGAGGGAAAGAUGGUAAUCGGAUUUAGAAAGACUUCUGUUCCAAAACCACCUCAUCAGGCAUCCACCUGAAUGUGAUGAAACAACAUAUUCAUCCAGAAGCAGAUCCCUGGAAGUAGUUGCCAUCUUCUUUACAUCGUGAUCGUGAGUGCUUACAAGAGCAUUCUUGGUCGUAAAAUGGAAAUAGUCGCCCGUUUCAAGUAGACCCCAUUAACAGAGACAAAUCGAUGUUUUUUUUUCUUUCAAAUUUUGGUUAGAAAAUAGAUUAGCAGCGAAAACUUGAGAAGUUCGCCCGUGUUUGUUUAUAACAAAUUCUUGCUUCAAAUAUUCGUGACAUUGAAAAUGAAAGAUCUUGG